AUGGGGCAAAACACGAUCGAAAGGGAUACACAUUUAUGCACCAUUACAAUACAGCGGACUAUCCUAGUGGCACUUGACCUGUCGAAAGCAUUCGACACUGUCAGUCACGCCACACUCUUCCAGGACAUCCUGCAGUCCAUAAUGCCCCACAACACGAAGAGAUGGAUAGUGAAUUAUCUGAGUGGCAGGCAGUCGUUCGUGGAGUUUAGAGACAAAUGCUCAAAACCCCGUAGAGUUAAACAAGGAGUCCCUCAGGGCGGGGUCCUGUCGCCACUCCUGUUUAACUUCUACCUCUCUAAACUCCCAGUGCCCCCACAGAAUGUGGAGGUUAUCACCUAUGUGGACGACUGCACCAUCUUGGCGACAGUUCACAACGUUGAUGAGCUUUGCGGUUUGAUUUCAGCGCAAAAAAUUAAACGCCGAAAGGUGUAUGGGGAGAUCACUCGUGGACCUGCUCCUCGGUGGCAAAAGAAAUUGGAAGCAUCCACCGCUAGUUUAAAUGGCAGCAUAAAUGCUACACGUUCCGUACUUUCGGUCUCAUAUAACACCAGUUUUUCAGGUGUUAAUCCACCCACAAAAACACCGGGCAAAAAUGCUGAGGGCAAAACAAAGAAGACACCAACACCAAACAAAGGUUCUAAGACGCCAGGCGGAGGUGACAGAUUUAUACCCAAUCGUGGAACUACAAAUUUCGAAUUAGGUCAUUAUUUGAUAAAACAAGAACAGGACAAAUCGGAAAAUGACGAAGAGAAUGAAAGCAAUUCUAAUAAUGCCAACAAAAUGACGCCAGCUAAGGCUGAAAGGCAAAAAUUAAUAUCAGAUUCUAUGCAAGUAGCUGAUGGUAAAACUACACGAAUUCUAUCGUAUCAAAAUAAGGCACCAGCGGCCCCAGAGUCUCAUAUUAAUCCCUUGAAGGUAGUUUAUUCCAUUAAAACUCCGAUAUCGACUAAAAGUGGUUCACGUUAUAUACCCACUACAUCCGACCGCAUUUUGGAUGCUCCGGACAUUAUUAAUGAUUAUUAUCUAAAUCUGUUGGAUUGGAGCGCGGACAACAUAGUAACAGUAGCUUUGGGAAAUGCGGUUUAUCUUUGGAAUGCUGUUACCGGUAAUAUUGAACAAUUAGUGGAAUAUGAGGAGGGUGAUCACGCUUGUGCUUUAGCCUGGAUUCAAGAGGGACAAAUUUUAGCCAUUGGUAAUAAUACUGGAGCUGUGGAACUAUGGGACUGUUCUAAAAUAAAACGCCUACGUGUUAUGGAUGGCCACUCGGCACGUGUGGGCUCUUUAGCUUGGAAUUCAUUUUUGGUGUCAUCUGGAAGUCGUGAUGGCACUAUUAUACAUCACGAUGUCAGGGCCCGGGAACAUAAAGUAGCUAAUCUGGCUGGACAUACCCAGGAAGUAUGCGGUCUUAAGUGGUCUACUGACUUUAAAUACCUUGCCAGUGGCGGCAAUGAUAUCAACCCUUAUAGGGUUGAUGAAAGCAUUAUUGAUCAUCCUUCUAAUUGCCAAACUAUAAAAUUUCAAAUAGUUCUAUUGAUUUAGAAGCUUUUGUAGGCAUUUUUCUGUAAGUUUAUUAUA